AUGUCGGUGGCACCUCUAGAGGGCAACGAAGGCAACGCCAUCCUCCACGUGGAGACUGGAGGACCUCAGGUGUCCUUGGGAGGGGAACUCAGGGUGUUGAUCGGGACGGACACGUUACGGGACGGGACGGGAGAAGUGAGGUCCAUCUCAAAGGUCCAGGUCCACCCGGCCUACAACCCCCGUAAGAACGACAACGACUUCAUGCUCCUGAGGCUCAACAAACCCGUUCAGUUCGGCAACAACAUCAAGAAGAUCAGGUUGGCCACGAGGUGUCCCAGGGACGGCACGAGGUGCAGCGUCUCCGGUUGGGGCACCACCAAAUCCCCUGGAGCAAAGCUGCCCAAAAAUUUGCAGUGCGCCGCCAUCCAGACCUUCGGGAGGGACAAGUGCGCCAGAGCCUACGGCAACGCCAUCACCCCCAACAUGUUCUGCGCCGGCGUCCCCCAGGGGGGCAUCGAUUCCUGCCAAGUAAGGGUGGCACCUGGCGGGGGGUGA